CUUCAGUCGAUGAUCAGCGAGUCGACGUCGAAGCUCGCUUUCGCGAGCGGCGUGCUUGGCGCCAGUGGCCGCUGGGCGCCCCCCGCAGUCAGGGGGCGGGCUGCAGCAGAGACCCAGAUUGCGCCAGACAGGCCAAUUCGGCCAUUCGAGCCAGAGGCAAAAGACGACUGGGUCAAGUCCUACAACAUGGUGUGGUACCGCGCUGCCCAGAGACUCGGCUCGCUUCAAGCCUCCAUAGUGGUGUGUGCGGGCGAGGGUGAUGAUGGCGAUCAUCUUACUGGGUGGGUAUGCGAGUAUGCACAUUCUUACGUCUGCAGCCUCGCCAAGGUCACUAUCACGCCAGAUGUAGACAACACAUGUGCCACGUUGGUCUUCGCUGACCCUCCAGUCCGGGAACGUUCACACGACUUGAUCAAGCGGUAUUAUCAAGAGCUACAAGAUGACCCUGCAGAUCGUAUUUUCACGAUGGUGGGCCUGGCUGACGCAUCGGCUGUGGGCCCCGGCAUGUCGCCCAUGCCAAUGCGCCUGCAGCUCAAGGUCGGGGUCAUCGAGGAUGUUGCCCCAGAAGAUGUCGAUCCAGAUGCCGAUCCAGCUGGGGCCGAUGAGGCCGGCGACGCGGCCGACGCAGUUGACCUGGCAAAGUCAUGGGGCGCUAUUUCCGACGCUGCUUUCACGGCCUUGGUGGGCGCAUCGUUUCAGAAGCUGUUCCCCGAAGCUGAAGACGUGGGCGGCGGCGAUCGUGUGGGCCCAGCUGCAGAACUGCAGCGCCUUCAUGGCUUAGGCGUCGCCAAGGCGCUGGCGGAUGCCGCGCCUGCUGGGGGCGCGGAUGCUGGCGGCG